AUGGUUGCAUCACUGCGUUUUUGGCUACUUUCCUGCAUCUUUCUCCUCUUCAAGCCCUCUAAUGGCUUGUCCCAUCAGGGCAGAGCAACUGCAGAUAUUCUCAUUGAUGGCGUCAGCGUUCCGCCGCCACCCCCGGGCACCAAUCCUCUCGUUGCCUGGGUACACAUGAAAAAUGGAGGUAGCAGUGAGGUGCCUGCUGCCUCUUCGGAAGGUUCGCCAACUCAGCAGGCCGCUGGCACUCAGAACGAAAAUUCGCAACAAGGCGAACAGCCUACAACUACAGACGCAAACCCCUUUUCUGCUUUGCAGACUUCACAGGAAAAAGAAGCGGAAGAAUGCUCUUGCGUCUUCAUGGGCGCUUGUCUUUACAAAGGAGCCUGCCUUUGGAUUGCCGGCAGCUUGUCUUUCGCAGUCCUUUUAUUCUUGUUCUUCGUAGCCUGGGGACUGCAGUGGAUAGUGGCAAUUCCUGCAGAAUGGAUCCUCGCCAAGAAGCCCAUUCGCGAAGGCAAAGUGAAAAGCUCUUCUUCUCAAUCCACUAACUCUGCACCACUUCUGCAGGACUAG